CAAGUCCAUCCGGCCGUAGCUAAACCCGCCCUCCCACUUUAACGACCGUGUUCCUCAUCUCAUCUCAUCACAACCAUGAACUUCCCGGGAAUGACACCUUCAGGCGGCGCCGCCGCACCGCCUGGGAUCGGCGGACCUCAAGAUCCUAACGUUAAAGCUGUACGUGGAUGCGCAACUUGCUCGGAAUUUCGCGGGGCGCAUAGCUAACUUUGAGAAAUAUAGGUUCAGUCUGCGAUGGAGUCUUGUUUUGGGAAGUCAGUCAUGUCGGGAGUUAUGGGAUUCGGUAUGGGUGGUUUAUUCGGAAUGUUCAUGGCCUCUAUGUCCUACGAUACACCUUACCACACAGCCGCCCCCGGUAGCCCGCAAAGCACGAUCACAUCGCUUCCUCUCAAGCAACAACUCAAGAUCGGAUUCAAGGAUAUGGGAACGCGAUCAUGGUCUAUGGCCAAGAACUUCGGAAAAGUUGGCGCUUUGUACUCUGGCGUAGAGUGCGGUAUCGAGGGCCUGCGAGCGAAGAACGAUCUUACGAACAGUGUCGCCGCAGGAUGUUUGACGGGUGGUAUUCUGGCCAAGAAUGCUGGCCCUCAAGCUGCUGCAGGUGGUUGUUUGGCUUUCGCAGCAUUCAGUGCGGCCAUCGAUGCAUACAUGCGAUCACCACCCAAGGACGACUAAAUGCUGGCAGCUGAUAUAAACAAAAUUGGGGUUCGAACGAGCGGGUUAAGAGAUGUAUAAAUAUGCUUGGAUUUUCUACAGACGUGGGAGUUUACGGUAAUCAUAUUCUAGAGCAUAGGGCGGCGUUGGGAGACGGACUCUCUCCUCUUUUGGAAUCUUCGCCACUGAAUGUACGAAGGCGGCACAAGGAUAGAUAUGGAGAUGAUGAUAUGGCACUUGUAUUAACAGGUAUUUUAAGACCCGCACUUCAUAGAGGAACUGCUCAUGCAGAGUCCACGAGUCUACACUGUAAUCUUAGCAAAAGAAUUUAUGUCUGCAAUGACUGCCUAUCUCAUAAAUGCAACCUGAAGACCCCUUUGUUCUUAACGCCGCGCUUUCAAAAGAGCAAACAGCACACGUUCAGCUUUGGACAUACUCAGACUCAACUUGCUUGGUAUACUUGAAAAGUGCCAAACUCCCAAUACGCAUUCUCAAAUGCUUCAGGAUUGUUGGCAACGAGAUCAGUGCAUUUGCCCGAACCUGAAAAUUGUCAGCAUUACUUCCUUACAAGUAUAUGGGCCAACUUACAUCCAGAGUUGUCCCAAACGUGAUAGACGAGACUGCCACACAGGUCGAUAUUGGCAAUGAUACUCUGGUUCUUGAAGUGCGUGCCAAUGUUGCAAUGUGUGUUGGGAAAGUCGGCAACAGCAGUACCCCAAGUGUCGGGCUUUGGGUUGUUUCCUUUAAUAUCUGAUGGUAUAGAGUCUCUGCCGAACUGCCACAUGCGGAUGCCUUCAUGCCGCCAUUCAACCGCCAUCACACCUCCUCCAUUCUUAUUGAAGACAGUGCCGUAUCCCGCAGGCUCUGACAGAACGCCACAGCCUGCAUUAUCGUCCUUUUCGUGGUUGCAGUUUUUCUGCAGUGUCUUACCUGUGUCCUCGCGGCGUACGUCCAUUGAGCAGUCGCCGGUAGUGUGCAAGGUCAUUUGAUUCCCGUCUUCGGCUUUGUUUGUCGACUCCAUCACAUCAAUUUCUCCAUGAUUCGGCCAGUUGAAAGGGUCUGUAAGCCAAAGGGCCGGCCAUGUGCCACAGCCAUAGGGAGUAUGCUUGACGUCGAAGAUGAAAAGGCCGUUCUCGUAUGUCUUCUUGGACUCGAUUCGAACAGAAAAGCGACCAGUAGAUGCAUUAGGCUUGUCGUUGGGGCCGACAGAAGUGUCGACUUUGAUAACGGCAGUGCUGGGCGAAGCAUAUGUGAGAUUCUGGAGAGUGUUAGUUGAACAUGAUACUAAGUAGUGCUUUGUUUUGUGGCCGGCAGGGGUUCCUUACAAGAAGCUCUGCUUGCGCUUUUGGAACGUAAUGAACGAAGCCCUCAGCUGAAAAGAAGCGUCAGUACUGCAACCCUUGAAGUAGGAGGUAGUUCUUACUGGGGUCGUAUCCUGUGAAAUAGUUGAACUGAUCAAAGAAGGAUUCACCUCCAUCUGGGCAGUGGUUAGCGGGUCUUUUUAUCCAAGCUGAUGAUGAUAGGCACUUACAUGUAUCUUUCAAGCUGUACGAUAAUGGUGUGUAGUCUGGAUAUAUAUUCUUUCUAGCUUUUCCCACGGCGACAGCAACAAUUAUUAUCACUAUGACAAUGAUGACUAUGAUAAUAGCAGCCCAGACUCUCUUUCGCCAGUACCGAGGAUUCCACCAGGGCAUUGUUGAGCUUGCAUGACGGACUUCCUGGCCUUUACGAGCCAGCAUUAUCUCGUCGUAAAUUGGAGGUAUCUCUCCAGGCUUGACGCCAGAUGAAUACCGCGACAUGUUGACGUAGUUGAAAAUGGAAGAACUGGGUAAAUGGGUGAGUGAAGAGUUGAAGCUGGAGUUGCUUGUAUCAACUGAUGAAUGACAAGAGAACAAGAGGAGUGAAGAGAAGAGAAGAGAGUUGGUGAUAGAUAGAAUGGAAUGCAAUGCAGAAGAGAUGGAUGUUGAUGGAGAUGGGUUGUCUCAGCCUCGAGUGCACCCUCUCAGAAGCAUAUGAAUCAAGUUUCUUUUUUUAUUCACAGGAAGGAGGAAGUGAGGAAUUUCUGUUGAAACAUUUGAGGGAGCAAAGCAGCUCUCCUCCUUCCUUCAAUACUGUGCAGCUGCAGAUGGUCGGGCGCACAUCCAAGGCAGCCCGUGAGUGAUUCACAGUCCCUUUCUAUAAGACGAGGUAAGGUACCUACCUGAGAAAUGGGAAAGUUUAUUGGGCAUUUGACGUAGGUAUCAUG